UGUGGGGGACACAACACAUCCACACCGGCACACGAGGCCACGCACAGCAGCCGUGCUGGGGAGGAGAGGAAGGGAGCAGGCCCAUUGGCAGGGCCCGGUUUCCCACGUGCGUGGGAAGCGGGGGGCUGGGAGACCCCGAGUCAGGGGCCCGCCUGUAAGCAGGCCUGCUGCUGGGCUGCCUCCUGGGUGCCUGAACCCACCCCAAAUGCCUGCUCCGAGCCAGGUGGGGGGUGCCACCCGGGAGGCCCGGCCCCCAGACCCACGCAGACCCCUGCUGUGCUCACCCACCCGUCCUCUCCUUCCAGCCGCGCAGCUGGGACGGCACGUGGCCGUGGUCGACUAUGUGGAACCCUCCCCCCGAGGCACCCGGUGGGGCCUCGGCGGCACCUGCGUGAACGUCGGCUGCAUCCCCAAGAAGCUGAUGCACCAGGCGGCCCUGCUCGGGGGGCUGAUCCGCGAUGCCGGCCACUACGGCUGGGAGGUGGCCCAGCCCGUCCCGCACGACUGGAAGAAAAUGGCCGAGGCUGUUCAGAACCACGUCAAGUCCCUGAACUGGGGCCACCGGGUGCAGUUGCAGGACAGAAAAGUCAAGUACUUUAACAUCAAAGCCAGCUUCGUCGACGAGCACACGGUUCGCGGCGUCACCAAAGCUGGGAAAGAGACUCUGCUCUCGGCCGACCACAUCGUCGUCGCUACUGGAGGACGACCGAAGUACCCCACACACAUCGAGGGCGCCUUGGAACACGGGAUCACGAGUGACGACAUCUUCUGGCUGAAGGAGUCCCCUGGAAAAACGUUGGUGGUCGGGGCCAGCUAUGUCGCCCUGGAAUGUGCCGGCUUCCUGGCCGGCCUCGGCCUGGACACGACCGUGAUGAUCCGCAGCAUCCCCCUCCGCGGCUUCGACCAGCAAAUGGCCUCCCUGGUCACGGAGCACAUGGAGACCCACGGCACCCGCUUCCUGCGCGGCUGCACCCCCUCGCGCCUGCAGAAGCUUCCGGACGGCCGCCUGCGGGUCACCUGGGCGGAACUCGCCUCGGGCCAGCAGGACGCAAGCACCUUCGACACCGUCCUCUGGGCCAUCGGUCGCGUUCCGGAAACGCGCAGCCUGAACCUGGAGAGAGCCGGGGUAGCCGUCAGCCCCGACAGCCGCAAGAUCCUGGUGGACGCCCGGGAAGCCACCUCCAUGCCCCACAUCUACGCCAUCGGGGACGUGGCGGAGGGGCGGCCCGAGCUGACACCCACGGCCAUAAUGGCGGGGAAGCUUCUGGCCCAGCGGCUCUUUGGUGGGUCCCCCGACCUGAUGGACUACGACAACGUCCCCACGACCGUCUUCACCCCGCUGGAAUAUGGCUGUGUGGGGCUGUCGGAGGAGGAGGCCGUGGCCCGGCACGGAGAGGAGCACAUCGAGGUUUUCCACGCCUAUUACAAGCCGCUGGAGUUCACGGUGGCCGAGCGGGACGCGGCGCAGUGCUACAUCAAGAUGGUGUGCCUGAGGGAGCCCCCCCAGCCCGUGCUCGGCCUGCACUUCCUGGGCCCCAGCGCGGGCGAAGUGACGCAAGGGUUCGCCUUGGGGAUCAAGUGUGGGGUGUCCUACGCACAGGUGACACGGACGGUGGGCAUCCACCCCACCUGCGCCGAGGAGGUGGUCAAGCUGCGCAUCUCCAAGCGCUCGGGCCUGGACCCCACCGUGACAGGCUGCUGAGGGUAAACGCCGUCCCCACCGGGCUGGGGCACCCAGCACCCGUGCCCCUCGCUGCCACCACUCCCCAGCGCCAGGCUGCUCGGAGGCCGGGCCCAGGGUCUGCCGAGAAGUCGCCGGGGGAAGCUGAGAUCCGCCCAGAGGUGGACAGCGGGGGCCGCGUGCCGAGACCCCCCAUGUGCCCUGCGGGGACGGCUGAGCCCCUCACCCUCCUGCCCAGGCCGGCCCAGCAGCCC